GCCUUACUUGACUCUUAUACGGCUCCGAUGUAUAUCUCCGACACCCCUAUUUCGCCAUAUCCUGCCUCGUUGCGACUUCUAUGCACAUCCCAAUGUUCUUCUUGCCCUGUAAGAGAUUCUCCAGAUGCUCCCAUGUUCACACCGCCAAACCUGAUUCAAUUGCUGCCGGCAGCUAUCAUGACUGCGCUGGAAAUGUCCAGGAUAAGCGGUGGUGUUGUCCUUCUACCUUCC